AGAAGAAGAGGCGGCGUGUGAUUGGUUAUUGCUAGGGGACAGACAGCUUCAGAGCAGCCGCUACAUCCUCAGUUCAGUGCGAUCUACCUCGAUUUGUCCACAGUUAAUCACAGCUCUGUCUCCACACAACUUUAUUUAAGUGCUUCAAUGUAGAUAAACCAGCAGAGGAGACGCUGCUGUGCGCUAACAUACUUAGAACAUAGAAUGUAGCCCCCCUGUUCCUCCUCAGGUGUGGCAGACGAGUCUGAGAAGACCACUGGCUACAGCUUCUUAGUUUUUUCCCAAGAUCAAGAAACUUCAAACUGGCAGAAAUGGAUGAACAAAGUGUUGAGAGCAUUGCUGAGGUGUUUCGCUGCUUCAUCUGCAUGGAGAAACUGAGAGAUGCUCGUCUCUGCCCACAUUGCUCCAAACUCUGCUGCUUCAGCUGCAUACGACGAUGGUUGACAGAGCAGAGAGCCCAGUGUCCACACUGUCGUGCUCCGCUCCAGCUGAGGGAGCUGGUCAACUGUCGCUGGGCAGAGGAGGUCACCCAGCAGCUAGACACCCUGCAGCUCUGCAGCCUCACCAAGCAUGAAGACAACGACAAGGACAAAUGUGAGAACCACCAUGAGAAGCUAAGUGUCUUCUGUUGGACCUGUAAGAAAUGCAUCUGUCACCAGUGUGCUCUGUGGGGAGGCAUGCAUGGUGGCCACACCUUCAAGCCUCUGGUGGAGAUCUACGAGCAGCAUGUGACCAAAGUGAAGGAGGAGGUUGCCAAACUCCGUCGUCGCCUCAUGGAGCUUAUCAGUCUGGUGCAGGAAGUGGAGAGGAACGUAGAGGCUGUCAGGGGAGCAAAGGAUGAGAGAGUGAGAGAAAUCCGAAAUGCGGUGGAAAUGAUGAUCGCUCGUCUGGACAACCAGCUGAAGAACAAACUCAUCACCCUCAUGGGCCAGAAGACGUCCUUGACCCAGGAGACAGAGCUGCUGGAGUCUUUGCUGCAGGAGGUGGAGCAUCAGCUUCACUCCUGCAGCAAAAGUGAACUCAUCUCCAAGAGCCCAGAGAUCCUGCUCAUGUUCCAGCAGGUCCAUCGUAAACCCAUGCAGUCCUUCGUCACCACACCGGUCCCUCCAGACUUCACCAGCGAGCUGGUUCCUGCCUAUGACUCCAGCACUUUUGUUCUCAUCAACUUCAGCACCCUGAGGCAGCGGGCGGACCCAGUGUACAGCCCACCUCUACAGAUAUCUGGACUCUGCUGGAGACUCAAAGUCUACCCAGAUGGUAAUGGUGUGGUCCGUGGAAACUACCUGUCAGUAUUCUUGGAACUGUCUGCUGGACUCCCUGAAACAUCAAAGUAUGAGUACCGGGUGGAGAUGGUCCAUCAGGCCUCCAACGACCCAACCAAAAACAUAAUCCGGGAGUUUGCCUCAGACUUUGAGGUUGGUGAAUGCUGGGGCUACAACCGCUUCUUCAGACUGGACCUUCUGGCCAGCGAGGGCUACCUGAAUAUGCAGACGGACACACUGGUCCUCUGCUACCAGGUCCGAUCACCGACCUUCUUCCAGAAGUGCAGAGAUCAGUACUGGUACAUCAGCCAACUGGAGUCGGCCCAGAAUGGCUAUAUACAGCAGAUCAACAACCUCAAAGAGAGGCUGGCCAUCGAGCUGUUUCGCCGUCAAACAUCACGCAGCUCGUCACCCCCUGACAUGAGGCUGGCUACAGGUACCACAACCUCUGAAAAAGACCCUCGCUCAGUGAAGAGCGACGAUGAUAUCCAGACCAUGUUGUCCAACGCAAAAAAAUGUGAAGAGGAGGAGAGGACGCAGCAGGAUGAUUCUAAUGAGCUGUCGGACGGUGAUUUGGAGGUGGACUGUCUGACGGAGGAGGAGGUGAACCCGCUGGAUGGCAGCAGCACCUCAGGGAGCUCCACAGCCACCAGCAACACUGAGGAGAAUGACAUAGAUGAGGAGACCAUGUCUGGAGAGAAUGAUGUGGACUUCAUUGGGAACCUGGAAACAGAAGAAGGAGAACUUCCUGAUGACUUGGCUGGAGCCACAGGUAAAUUCAGUGGAUCCAGCUCUAGUGCACCUUCCUUACACCGCAGUGCUGCAGCUGGUCGUAGUGGCAGCGGGGCUGCUGCUUGUGGUGCCGUUGGGCCAGGCAGCAAUAGCCUCCUGGAGAUUGACCCGGUCAUCCUGAUCCAGCUGCUGGAUCUGAAGGAGCGCAGCAGCGUGGAGUCUCUGUGGGGGCUUCAGCCUCGGCCUCCUGUGUCUCUCCUACACAGCCAAGCUCAUACUCACUCCAGGAAAGAACGAGAGAGGCGACCUCAGGUGGUGCGACGAUCAGCUCCAGACUCGGGGGUCCUGAUCCGCCUCAAGGCUCAGAUGGCAGAGGUCCGCAGCAAGAUGUCAGUCAAGAGUCAAGCGCUGGAGGCUCGGGGGGCCACGGAGCCCAGGCCUGGCCCAUCAGGGGCCUUCAGUGUGGAGGAGGUUCCCUCUCACCACGCUGACUCAGAGUUGUCAGCUUGUCGUAAGACCAGUGAGCUGGACCUCCUGGGGAGGGCAGCUGCUCGGGCCAGGCCCUGCCGCCCUGCCAGGAAAUCUCUCUCUCCUGUCCUGGACAGCAGUGGCUCUCUGGUUGUGAAGAGGAGGAGUCCAGAGGAGCUGGAGAAGGAGCUGAGAGGAGCAGAAGCAGCUACAGAGCAUAGCCUGCCUCCUAAAGAGGGACUGGCAGCUGCAGACGGAGUGCUGAAGGCUGAUGGCACCCAGGGCCCCCUCUUGUCUCAGGGCUGCUCCUCAUCAGAGCAGGCCUCCACCUCCAAGCAGCAGUACUCAGUAGAGCCACAGCUGUAUGGGAACUCUGGGCCAAAAGAUGACAUCUUCUCCUUGGGAGGACCAAGCUACUUAACUGCCAGCAAGAGCUGUGGCAGCAGGACCCUGGGGGCAGCAAUGUUGGACUGUGAAUCAGAGAGCUCAGGAAAUCAGUCUCUGCUGGAGGGACCAUCUGCACAGCCACAGUCAAAGGAAGAUCAGUCUCCCUCUGUCCUGGUGGCAGCAACAAGCAGUGACAGUGACAGUGAGGAAGAGGCGCUGCAAAGCAACAACUCAAGCUACGACAACCAGACUCCUCCCUGCACAGCAGUUUUUCGUCUCUCAAGAAGAACAAAAGCUUCAGUGGAUGAGAGAGCAGCUUAUGUCAGAUGACAUGAGUCUUCCUGCUGACAGGUGAUUCCCUCUGAGUCUGUCAGACCUGGCAACCCACUGCUUUAUCCUCAGGCCACACAGUCAUGCAACAACGGCCGCGGACGACACACAUGCUUGUUACACAGAUUUGUAGAGUAGAGAAGCUGCUUGUUAUGCAUGAACUCAAAAUUCAUGACAAUUCAACAAUGGUAUUGUUUGAUCAUCUGUUCGUCCAGAAAGAGUGGAUUUGGUGGUAAAGACGGACAGUUGAUUAACUUCAUAUGAUCGAAUAAUAUCAAUGUCACUAAUACAGUGUGAAUACAAUGAAACUACACUUAAACACAAAAAUUGAGAGGAACCGAACUUCGCAAUUUUGCCACUUAGAAUAAUUAUAUUUCUCUCUUCACUGCUCAGCAUUUCUUGGUCGUCAACUUUCAAGGACCUACACGCUUUCACUUCUUUCAUUGUAACUUCAGUAAGUGCAUCUGAGGAAAACAUGCCCGGCCAAUGACUGAAUUUCUUCACUAAAAAAAGUUAGAAGGUACAAAACCUCCUGGUGUAUCUUAAUACAUUUAUUUUGCAAACCUGGACUACAGGGCAUUUAGACACUUUUAUUAACUGUAAGUACAAAUCUGUCACUUUUUUUGUGUAUAAAUGCUUUUGUAAAUCUAAUUCUAUAACAUAUUUACAAGAAUCUGAGGUUUAAGUGUGUUAUCUGAAGCCUGUCAAUAAGAAAUGUAAACUUUUAUACCAGUGUGCUGUUGAGUUCAGUCUGCUCUUCAGUCUCAACUUCCUGCACCUCUCUGUGUUGGUGCUUCUCAAACAGUCUUAGUGACGCUGUAGUUUGUUGAUGCAUAAAUACAGAACUUCCCUGACUCAUGUAAACCUUUAAUUUCCCCAUUCUGGUUAUUUAUGUAAAUGUACUCACUCUGAAUAGCAGUUGCAGCAGCACCAGGGACGUCUGUCUCUGUUUGACAUUUGAAAAGGCUAAAUGAUCACAGUGUGGAUUUUAAAACACCUGCUGCACUGCUUUCUUUUCUUGCCUGAAAUUAUGAAUUAUACUACAGAAGCCAUAACCAUGUGCUGGCAGAUGUUUGGUUCAAUCUAUAUCUGCUCAGACUGUAAAUUAACCUAAGCGGUACUGUUCUGUGCAGGUGGAAUCUUUGUCACAGUUGUUUGCAAAAGCUGAAACACCUUGAACAGGACUCUUUCACAGCAGGUGUGUGUGUGUGUCUGGAAAUGUUUCUGUGCUGUGAGCAACACAACUCAAAUUCUAUUUAGUUUUAUAGUAUAGCUGGAGAGGCGGACAUUUCUGAUAGACAUAUUAAAACCUUGGCAAAUUAGACAACAACGACCUGCACAAUGGGAUACCUAUAGAGAAAAUAAUUCUUUUUCAAAUUUGGUUAUUCAUAUUUAUUUGGAAAAUAAAUAAUCUGCUCUUAAAGAUGAAUCUACGGUUUUGUAAUUCUCUGAACUUGAAAGCAAAGAUUUAAAAAUGUAAAUAUUUAACACUUGCUCUACACUGAUAACUCCCACUUACACUGGUUUUUCUUAAUUGUUAAACACUCAGUAAAAAGAGCAAACAAAUUUGAAGUUGAAGGCUGCUGCCAACAGUGAACACUAUCUGGAGAAAACAUGGUGUCAAAGUAGGAGAACGUAACAGAAGUUUAACAGACGUAUGUGCACUUUGUUGAUUUACUCUGAAGUUCUGAAGUGGACACUUUGAUCUUCAUUUUUGGAUCAAAGAGAUGACAUUACAUAUUGUGCAGUCAAUCGUUUACAUUGUAAAUAUCUUGCCUGCUGUACAACGUGCAUGGCUUUAUUGGCUGGGUUGAGAGAAGAAGGUCAUAACAGCGAAGCUGAUGUUUGAACUUAUUCACUUCUACAGUUCGAGUCCAGUGAUUUCAGGAUGCGAUUUCCUCUUUUCCUCCGUCACUGCUGCUGCUCAUGAAUUUGAUGGAGGCGUGGGAAACGGCAGCCACGUUAACAUGUUUUGUUUGUUCAGAUUUUCUCUUUUAUUUGUGCUUGUUGUGUCAAACCCCUGCUCUUGUUUCGAAUGUUCACAGGAUGUACUGUGCAUUAUUCAAUCUGUACAUUUCCCUUUUUGUUUAAUAAAUAAAAUGUUUUACCAUC